AUGCCGGCUUCCCAGGAACACAUGGCUGCGAACUCACCUCAGUCAAUAGAAUCCAGCCACGAAUCCGGGGAGAGUUUCUCUGAACCUUGUCCUUCAGAUACUCAGGCGGUGAUUGAUGAAGCACAGUCGCUCGUUGAUAAACUCAAGUCCUCGGAUCGAAUAUGCACUGCGAGCGCCGAAAAUAAACCUUUAGCUGACUCCAAUGGUGUAGUUCCUUGUUCCAAGGCACAGCUGGUGAAAACCCUAGACGAUCUAAAUCAGAUGCUUGGAGAGUCUCGAGAGCGGGUUAAACGACUCAAGUUCAAAAAUAUGAUGCUCACGGAGAGUUUCAAGCACUCCGAAUCCCGAUUUGAGGUAGAAACAAACCUGAGUAAACAACAAUUUGAGAGGAUUCGAUGCCAGCUUGUGAUGGAAACGCAUGAUUUGCAUGAGAAGGUACGCCUCCAAGAUCUGAAGUUGGCGAAAUAUAGAGAGACUAUUAUGGAGAAGAACAAGGAAAUCAAUAGAAUGGCCCGCUUAUUGAAUGACUCUUCCAUACCAAACUCGGUGCAGUUGAGAAACACACCCCAAUCAAUAGGCAAGCCUUCUCGCAUUCGCCGAACAUCUAAGCUGCAGCGUCGAAAUUCAAACAUGUUAGCAACCCUUGGAUUACUGGCUACUCGAGUCCUCGGCGAUGGAAAUGAGACCCAAAUCAACUCUGAUAACACGGAGUCUGAUAUAUCCCACGACAGCUUUCAAAUUCAUCACCAGCACCAUACCAAGCACCCUCAGCAGCCGCAAAACUCCGCAAUCGACCACCAACAAUUAAGAAUUUCGAGCUACCCAGGAAGUGGUACCUCAUCCCUGACUCCCACAUCCGACUCUUUCAAUAAGCAAGCAUUCCAAAUGACCAGUGUGCGUAGAACCAACUCCGUGAAUGGCACCUCACAGGAAAUACCAUGA